AUGUCACGGAUUUUGGUCGCUAUUUGCUUGGUGCUGGGAGUUAGCUGCUCCCUGGCGGAUCCUCUUUACCGGAACGAUGAAGUCCAGGUGCCAAAACUCGACGGACGUAUUGUUGGUGGUAAGGACACCACCAUUCUGCAAUAUCCCUAUCAGAUAUCCAUGCGAUUGAGGGGAAAUCACCGGUGUGGAGGUAGUGUCGUUGCCACCAACAUCAUUGUGAGUGCCGCGCAUUGUGUGAACACCCUGACCACCGUUGCAAACCUGACCAUUGUGGCAGGAUCAACGCAAAUCUGGGCUGUGGAACCCAAGCAGCAGGAACUAGCCGUUCGCGAGUUCAUCAUCCAUCCCAACUACAGAACUCUGAACAACGACUACGAUGCAGCCAUCCUUGUUUUGGACGGAGACUUUGAAUUCAACGACUCCAUUCAGCCCAUCAAGUUUGCCACAGAGCGGCCGGAGCACGAUACCGAGGUUGUUGUGACCGGUUGGGGUACCACCACCGAAGGUGGCUCCAUCUCCAACAUCCUGCAAGAGGUCUUUGUUAAUGUCGUGGAGAACGACGAAUGCAAGAAGGCCUACUCCAUUAUGCUGACCAGUCGGAUGCUUUGUGCGGCGGUGACGGGAGGCGGCAAGGAUGCAUGCCAGGGCGAUUCCGGCGGUCCUUUGGUCCUCAACAACGAACUGCUCGGCAUCGUGUCAUGGGGCACCGGAUGUGCCCGCGAUGGCAAGCCUGGAGUCUAUUGCUCAGUGCCCAACGUCCGUGAUUGGUUGGAGCAGAAAAUCGAAGAGUUGUCGGUGGUGGGACAAAUAGACUUCUUGUAAGCUGGUGAAGUGAACUGUUUCCAAUAAGGGUACCAUAACUUUGAAAUACAAUGAUGACUUUCUGUUCUACGUAACCCUGAACAUAUCCCAGCUGAAUUACCUUAGUUAGUGCCUUUAAAAUUACAUAAGGAGAUUACCCAUAGUUGGGCUUGCUCCGAUCGAUAACUAUGGGUGUA